CUUUUAAAUUUGCACUGUAAAAUUUAUUUUGGCUCUCCCCGCCUGUUUUUUGCACAUUAAAAAUGAAAAAGUUUGUAGAACUAAGCUAAGCAGAUGGUCUUCCUGCAAAAAGAUUAGGCUGAAGUAAAGCAUUGUUUUGGAGCUGGUUCACAGAAAAAAGGCAAAACUGGUUAUCCUGACUUCAAGCUCCAAAAUAAACUGCUUGCUUUCUCCGGGAAACUUCCCCCGCCACACACACUUGACUGCGUGGCCAGUCCUUUCGAAGCCUCUCGCUCCCAACACGGAGUUCCUCUCAUUUCUUCAGUCGGCUCUCAGCAGCUGCUGCUGGUUUCUCGGCUCCAGCACCACGGGUACCGCACUCUGAAAUUUACAAAGCACUUUACAGCACCGACUGUGAUCCUCACAGUACUGUCCGGUGGCCUCACGCACGUGGCGGUGCAGCCUUUCAGGCCCAGAGCGGCCGGGAGCGAAGCCCGCAGACCUGCCUGGAAGCGCAGCGCGGUCGGUCGCGCGCCCCCGCGGCCUGGAGGCCUGGGCUUCGCCCAGCAGCGCUCGAGCACCGCUCAGUCGAGCCUCACACCGGAUGCCACUUCAUAUUUGGGCCCAGAGCUCAAUUCGCGCCGAUGCGGUCGGCCGUCCUUAAAUCACUUCAGCCAAGAUCUCUCCCCGACUGCAAAGCAACCCUGAGCGGGAGCAGCAACCUCUCCGCGUCAGUCUUUUGGAGCCGCCGACAUUCAGAGGGGCAGGACACGGGAAUGCGCGCUGUCUUGCUUUACGGCGCGAGUGCGCGAGUUUGCGGCAGCGUGACGCCAGCAAGUUUUGGCGGGAAAAGCGCUGCAUUUGGAUUCCUGCAGCGGUGGGCAAAGCACAGUCCGCCGAAGUGCUCGGUGGAGUCAUGGCAGUGCCCUUUGUGGAAGACUGGGACUUGGUGCAAACCCUGGGAGAAGGUGCCUAUGGAGAAGUUCAACUUGCGGUGAAUAGAGUAACUGAAGAAGCAGUCGCAGUGAAGAUUGUAGAUAUGAAGCGUGCCGUAGACUGUCCAGAAAAUAUUAAGAAAGAGAUCUGUAUCAAUAAAAUGCUAAAUCAUGAAAAUGUAGUAAAAUUCUAUGGUCACAGGAGAGAAGGCAAUAUCCAAUAUUUAUUUCUGGAGUACUGUAGUGGAGGAGAGCUUUUUGACAGAAUAGAGCCAGACAUAGGCAUGCCUGAACCAGAUGCUCAGAGGUUCUUCCAUCAACUCAUGGCAGGGGUGGUUUAUCUGCAUGGUAUUGGAAUAACUCACAGGGAUAUUAAACCAGAAAAUCUUCUGUUGGAUGAAAGGGAUAACCUCAAAAUCUCAGACUUUGGCUUGGCAACAGUAUUUCGGUAUAAUAAUCGUGAGCGUUUGUUGAACAAGAUGUGUGGUACUUUACCAUAUGUUGCUCCAGAACUUCUGAAGAGAAGAGAAUUUCAUGCAGAACCAGUUGAUGUUUGGUCCUGUGGAAUAGUACUUACUGCAAUGCUCGCUGGAGAAUUGCCAUGGGACCAACCCAGUGACAGCUGUCAGGAAUAUUCUGACUGGAAAGAAAAAAAAACAUACCUCAACCCUUGGAAAAAAAUCGAUUCUGCUCCUCUAGCUCUGCUGCAUAAAAUCCUAGUUGAGAAUCCAUCAGCAAGAAUUAUCAUUCCAGACAUCAAAAAAGACAGAUGGUACAACAAACCCCUCAAGAAAGGGGCAAAAAGGCCCCGAGUCACUUCAGGUGGUGUGUCAGAGUCUCCCAGUGGAUUCUCUAAGCACAUUCAAUCAAAUUUGGACUUCUCUCCAGUAAACAGUGCUUCUAGUGAAGAAAAUGUGAAGUACUCCAGUUCUCAGCCAGAACCCCGCACAGGUCUUUCCUUAUGGGAUACCAGCCCCUCAUACAUUGAUAAAUUGGUACAAGGGAUCAGCUUUUCCCAGCCCACAUGUCCUGAUCAUAUGCUUCUGAAUAGUCAGUUACUUGGCACCCCAGGAUCCUCACAGAACCCCUGGCAGCGGUUGGUCAAAAGAAUGACACGAUUCUUUACCAAAUUGGAUGCAGACAAAUCUUAUCAGUGCCUGAAAGAGACUUGUGAGAAGUUGGGCUAUCAAUGGAAGAAGAGUUGUAUGAAUCAGGUUACUGUAUCAACAACUGAUAGGAGAAACAAUAAACUCAUUUUCAAAGUGAAUUUGUUAGAAAUGGAUGAUAAAAUAUUGGUUGACUUCCGGCUUUCUAAGGGUGAUGGAUUGGAGUUCAAGAGACACUUCCUGAAGAUUAAAGGGAAGCUGAUUGAUAUUGUGAGCAGCCAGAAGGUUUGGCUUCCUGCCACAUGAUCGGACCAUUGGCUCUGGGGAAUCCUGGUGAAUAUAGUGCUGCUAUGUUGACAUUAUUCUUCCUAGAGAAGAUUAUCCUGUUCUGCAAACUGCAAACAGUAGUUCCUGAAGUGUUCACUUCCCUGUUUAUCCAAACAUCUUCCAAUUUAUUUUGUUUGUUCUGCAUACAAAUAAUACCUAUAUCUUAAUUGUAAGCAAAACUUUGGGGAAAGGAUGAAUAGAAUUCAUUUGAUUAUUUCUUCAUGUGUGUUUAGUAUCUGAAUUUGAAACUCAUCUGGUGGAAACCAAGUUUCAGGGGACAUGAGUUUUCCAGCUUUUAUACACACGUAUCUGAUUUUUAUCAAAACAUUUUGUUUAAUCCAAAAAGUAUAUAUUUCUUCCAUGUUGAUUUAAUUAUAAGAUGAACCAAUAAAGACAUAAUUCUUGUGAUUUUGGACAGUAGAUUUAUCAGUCUGUAAAGCGAAGCCAGCUUCAAAACAUAUCCCCAAGAUUUGUACUUAUAUUUUCAAAAGGGCCUGGCCAGUUAUAUAAACCUGUUUUUGAAUUAUAAUGAUUAAUUAAAAUUGCAAGUAGGUGUUUUUUCCAGUGUAGUUAGUAAAAUACUUGUAUUUUACAGUAUUGCAUAAACUCUAGUGCUUAACUAACUUUAAAAAUUACUGUUGAACAUCUUAAAUAUUUUUCUAUAUUUUCUACUUUCAUAGCCAUAUUUUAACCUUUUGAACUUACUGGUGACCAAGCUUUUAGGUGAUAAAGAAUAAAAGGGAAGGGAAUAGUAAGGAAGCUAUAAGAAAAAUAGAUCUGAUUCUUUGUUCCUUUACCUAUUAGACUUACAAAAACUUUGUUUUUCUAAUAAAAUUUAUAUUAACUUUGGGGCAUAUUAGGUUGAGGCCUUGGCUCCUGCAUGUAGUCCCAGCUACUUAGGAGGCUGCGAGAGGAGGAUUGCAUGAACCUAGAAGUUUGAGGCUGUAGUGAGCUGUGAUUGCACCAGUGCACUCCAGCUUGGAUGACAGAGUGAGACCCUGCCUCUAAUAAAAAUUUUUAAAAUUGUAAAACAUUAUAAAAUUAAUCAGUUAUUUUAAUCUGAAGCCAAGAACAUGUAGAAUGUUAUGAUUAGAGUUUAUCACAUAUUAAUGUAUACUGGCAAAUUGUGUUACUGGAGUAUACCCAUAUGAGGAAUAAAUUUGAACCUGUUUUAUUUAUUUGAACCUAUUUAGGGUAUGCCUAAGAAUUGAGUCAGUAUAAAUUCUCAAAUAUGGGAGAAAUUUUGUUCUUGAGAAUUAUCUGAGUCAUUAGUAUCUUUCAAAAACAGCUCUCACUGACUUGAACCUCUUCUGUGAGCUCUAGCCUUUUACCUACUUUACAUUUCCACUUGAAUGUCUAGUAGGCAUCUCAUGACCAAAAACAGCUUUUGAUUCCUGUUCUCCAACCUGUUCCUCUCCUAGUUUUCUCCAUCUCAGAAAUGUCACUUCCUCUGCAAAGUGUUUCCCUGACUUACCUAAAAUAAUAACCUCCUCUGUUUGCUGUGGGAAUUUGUAUAGAAUGGUGGGAAAAUUUCAAGUUUCAUAUUUGGAUUAGCUCUGACAUUUAUUUAUCUGAACACUGGUAAUUGCCUCAGUAAAGACACUGAUAAUAAAUACCUUUUAGAGUUAUUUUAAUCUUUAAUGCUUUAAUGUGCAGGAAGAGUAUAGUGUCCUGUUUUGCACAGAAAGGCAUUCUGUAAAUAAUAAGUUGCCUUAAUUUUCCUGUAAUGUUCAUUAUAUUGUUGUGGGAAGGUAUUUACUCCUAUUAUUAAAAAUAAAAAUGUGUAAAAUUUACUACCUGAA